UCGAUUAAACUAGAUUUCUGAAAGAAAGAACGGAAGAUGACAAAUCUGUAGCAGGAACUGCAGCCGGAAACGACGGCUGCAAUUCUUAAUGCUGGCAUCUUUCCGGAGGAAACUAGAAAGGACAUAGUAAUGACAUCUGAGCGGGAAACAUUCAGCGCUUCAGGGCCUGUACAUCUAACUCCUGUUGAUUGGACUUAGUAGUAAAAACAGUACCACUGGAAAUGGGAAUUGAGAGGCGCAGUGGCUUGUGGCUUCUGCGAUGAAGUUGCAUUCCCAAAAUCAAAUUUUGCAACAUCCGUAAUAAGCAGUCAUUGUCAGUGCAAUUCCUUGGCGUGGCCUCAGCACUCAUGCAUAUUUUAGGAUCAAUGCAAAAGUUUGGAACCAAGAACAGCUUAAAAAGAACUGCUAAAGGCAGUCCAGAUGGUUGGUUCAGUAGUUAACAUCAGCAAAUUUUGCUUUUGGUGCACACACAUUCUGCUCAAUUUCAAAGACCUCCAAAAUGUACUGGAUAAUCCUGACCAUCAACGGUCUGUUGCUGCUAGUUUAGUUCAAGCUGUCUAUGUUCUCGAACGCGACCGCCAAUUGAAGCGCAAAGGAGCUGAUGCUCUUGCACCCCCUUGGUGGGAAUUCUUUGGUUUUAAGUUAGCACAUCCUCUUAUUGAUGAUGCUGAUUUGUCAGUUUUUGGCGCAAUUUUUCAGUUUAAUGAACCACUUUCAUGUCUGAGCUUCCAAUCUCAGGCUUCUCCAAGUGCAGUCAUUGCUUUCCGGGGUACGAUACUAAAAGGAGAUUCUUUGUCUCGAGACUUGAAAUUAGACCUGAGCAUAGUUCAUCAUGGCCUUCAUCAAACUUCUCGUUUUCACACUGCAAUUGAGUCAAUUAGAAAUCUUGCUCCUGUAUAUGCAAAUAAUAUAUGGUUGUGUGGCCAUUCCCUUGGUUCAGCCGUUGCCAUGCUUGCUGGAAAAUGCAUGGCUGAGAAAGGUAUUCUUCUAAAUACAUUUUUGUUCAAUCCUCCAUACGUUUCUGCACCAAUUGAGAGGAUUAAAGACCAGAAGGUAAAAACCAGCCUGCGGAUAGCCAGCAGUCUUCUCACUGCUGGCCUUGCAAUGGCUGUCAAAGGAAGGAGUUUUGUAUCUGAAGCAAAUGAGUUGUUCACUGCUCUUUCAGCAUGGACUCCUUGCUUAUUUGUGAAUCCAGCUGAUCACAUAUGUGCAGAGUACAUUGGGUAUUUUGAGCACCGGAAUCUUAUGGAUGCCAUUGGGGCAAGCAAACUCGAACGGCUAGCAACGCAACACUGUAUUGGAGGCUUGUUAAUGGAUGCAGUUGGACAGGAAAGCCAACCUUUUCAUCUCAUUCCAUCAGCAAACAUGACCGUGAACUUACAUCCAGCAGCUAAUUUUAAACAGGCUCAUGGUAUUCAUCAGUGGUGGAGUCUGGAUUUGCAUCUGCAGUCCAAGCUGUAUAGAUACGUUGGGUAAUUGGAGAGGAGUUUUCCUAACAAAAGUUGGUAAAAGACCAUGUAGUGCAUGUGGCUUUGCGUUUAUAAGAGAUGGCCAUUCUCAUUCAUUUCCACAUUCACUUAAAGGUGAGCAACUAUAGCUGGAGUUUGGAGAAUCUUAUAGAACCAGAGCAACUUCAUGAUUAUCUAUUAUCUCCCAAGAUGAAAUGCAUACUUCAGAUAGUUGGAUUUUGUGUUAUAAGGUGCAUUCUAACACUAAUUGAGCAAAGAAAAUAUUCCUUUCAAGAAAAUGCAUAUCUGGUUGGCCAAGUUGGUAAGGAAGCUUAAAUCAGUUGAAACUUGAUUUAGUGUUAUCUUUUGUAUCUGUUUACUUAUUUUCAGCAUUUUUUUGCUUAUGUCAAAUGAACCACAGGUUAGCAGGUGAAAUCAGGCUUGGAAAACGAUUGGCUGGUUACUGUUGCUGUGCUCUGUUUUGCUAGCAGCAUCUUUCCCUGCCUGGCUAAGUCUUUCCAUAUAAAACCAGAGAAGGAUCUGGUAGCCAAAUUUAGCUAACCAAUAAAGAAAUAAGGAAAAGUGAAGUAUUUCAUGUUCUUACAUUAAGAAAAACUGCCCAUAUUGACUUUCCUUUUCCAACUUGUCCUUUCACUAGAGCUCUUCGCAAGGUGUACAUUGGUUUUUGUCAAUCACCCAUAAGAAAAAUCUGGAGAAUUAUUUGAUUUAAACUGCAUAAAUAACUUUGCCUUGCUAUGCUUCAGAAUUGAUUACUAGUACCGCACCAAAUAGUAGAAAUUAAUUUAGAGCCUCUCAAGUCCAGCAUUUGGUUAAAUAAAUGCAAAACUGUGAAUUAUAUUUUCAAAUUCAAGAAUAGCAAUUUUGUCAAUCAGAGACUCGGUCUAGUGAUCAUUGAACACAUGACCAUAGAUGGUGACCUGGCGAUGGGAGAAGAUGAAGGACCUGACCAUAGAUAACCCUCUGCCGUUAUGUUUUCAGAGCUUUUCCAGUAUGGGUCUUCAUAUUUUGAGAGAGAGAGUGCUGGAAACAUUGUGCCCCAACGCACCAUGUCAUGUAGUGCAUAUAAGAAUGAUGUAGAUAAAAGGAGAGGCAAGGAAAUGGUGAAAGAUAUAUUGCAUUACUUAGCUCUUCCCAUUAUUUAUGUGGGAUGAAACUAUGAGGACAACUAUGCACAUUCUUAAUUAGGUAUGUACAAACAGUGCUGGAAACCACUGAAGGUGGCUCAUAUAAUGGAGAAUGUGUCAUUAGAACAUUGCCUUAACUGUCUUGGACAUGUGGUAAUGAGGACUGCUCACAG